AUGCAGUUCAAGUCUUUUUGCUUCCUUCUCUCAGCCGUGGCUUCGGCCGUUGCCGAGCUGAAGCUCGAGAAUAGAGGUCCAGGAGACGACACUUACUCGGCGGCGAUGGCAAGCCUCGAAUCCAACACAGACCUUGCCCAGACGGCAACCGCGACCGAUUUCGAACUGCCCACCGAUAUGCCCACCGAAAUGCCCGGAGAUUUCAAGAUGCCGCCCAGCUCGAUCAUCUCGGUGCUUAUGACUGCAGUCCCUCCUUCUUUUUACUCACAGAUGGGAGACCCGGAUGCUCGCUCGUCGGUAUUUAACGACAUCCACGGCGGCCACUAUCCGGACUGGUACAACGAGCUGCCUAACAGCGUCAAGACCUACAUCUCCACGGCUUAUCAGACCGAUGGCCCCAGUAAGCCCACUGGUGAUUCCACCACUACCGGUUCUUCCUCUUCCGAAACGGGCUCCGGCUCGAGCACCAAGGAGGGUUCCAGCUCGGGCUCCAGCACGGACUCGGGUUCCACAUCUUCUUUGCCUUCUGCCACUUCUGAGAGCAUCGCCGUCCCUACUGGAGCUGUUGCCGCUAGUCUGGCUGGUGUCGCUGGUGUUCUGGGCCUGGCUAUUGUGCUCUGA